GUGAUCUAUAGUGGAUAGGCCAGGUCAAGAAAAACCGGACCAAUAGUGAAAGAACAUGGCCAGGGGCACCGGACUCCAAAUCCAAAGCGCGACAUGUCUCAACGAGAAUCUUCAUUGACACGAGCGAACAAAUAAUCACAGAUUACUUGACGAACAUGCAUGGAUUGGCUCUACCUCUGACACCAUACACCACCCUCCCCUGUUUCUCUCACCUCUGCUUCAGAUCUCUUCCUCACCUUUCGCUUCUCUCUUUGCAAAACCAAACCAAAUCUUCGAUACCCAUCUGCAGCUUCUGGAAUUACAAGCAGAAAACAAGAAGAAGAAGUAUUUCCCCUUUGAGAGCGAGUCGCAGAGAGUCUCCUUAUGAGGUUUUGGGGGUGUCUCCCUCUGCAACUCCGGAUGAAAUCAAAAGGGCUUAUCGUAAACUUGCUCUAAAGUAUCACCCAGAUGUCAAUAAGGAGGCAAAUGCACAGGAGAAAUUUAUGAGGAUUAAACAUGCAUACAAUACAUUACUGAGUUCUGAAUCUCGGAGAAAGUAUGACUCCGGACAUCGCAGAUCUGAUUAUUCCUAUUCUGGUUCUCAAAGAAGCCAAAGUAGGAACACACAAGAUGAAGAAGAGUUUUACGGGUUUGGUAAUUUUUUGAUGGAUGUUCAAAUAACAAUAGAGGACUUCCUCAGAGAUCUUCAAGGAGAAUUCCAGAAUUGGGAAGCGACUGCUGCUUCGCAAGGAAAGCCAAAAAGCCUAUGGGAAGAAUUGGCGGAAGUUGGAGAAGAAUUUGUGGAAUUUCUUGAGAAAGAACUCAACAUAACUGAUCAAGAGGUUGGAUCUUACACCAGUGAUGAAGAACCUAAGAAAGGCAAUUCUUUUAGAACGUCUGGGACAGAGAGAACAGAAAAUAGUAACAAAGAUAAAGCUGGCAAGGGGAGCAGCAUUGAGGAGAAUAUUGAUGAGAUAGAAGCUACCCUUGCUCAAUUGAAAAAGGAAUUGGGUUUAUAGCAGAGAAAUGCAGCUUUGCAUUCACCCGCCAUGGGAAGAUGGUCAAGUUUUGUUGCCAUCUUAAACGUUUGAGUAAUCUCACUUUUGCAUAUCUUGAAGUGACUUUUAAGGCCUCAUUUCAUUUGCAUCCAUUUAUAGAAGAGUUUCAGAGGGAAGGUAUGCGAGAAGUACUAGGAAGACUUUGAGACAUUGACCUUGUGAGACAUGAGCUUGUACUGUUGUACAUAUGCUCUGCCCUUUUGAGCAUUAAGGAUAUGUAAUCGGACAUAAAACAGUUUCCUUUUUCUUUUCUUUUUUUUCGUUUUUCAGCAAAGGCUAGUAGAUUUUAUGCUUAGAGUAGGACGAUUUGUAAUUAAAAUUAUUCUUUUGGCUAUAACGAAUAGCAAGUGAUAAUAUCAAUUACAACUGGUUUAGAUGUACUUUCCCAAGUUA